UGUAGGUACAAGAAUAGGGCAGAAAUUACACAUUUUCCCAUAUUCUUUUUAUGUUAACCAUCUUCACUCUCGCCUUCCCCACGACACGAAUUCAAAUCCUUCCCUCUAUAACCCUAAUUAACAAACCCAUUUCUUUAAGAAAUUCCAUAGCUAUAGUUGCAAUGCCACCUUCCAAUUCCAAACCCAAAAUCGUAGCCGAGUACGCAAAAUCCAACCGCUCAUCGUGCAAGACAUGCUCUCAGGCCAUACCUGCCAAAGCCUUGAGGUUGGGUUUCAUUGCUAAAGACGCGUCGCGAGGGUUUGAUACCACCAAAUGGCACCAUUUGGAUUGCGUCUCUCGUGAAAUUGAAUCCACUGAGGCCAUUGGAGGGUUCGCCUCGCUCCAGCUUUGUGAUCAAGAUGCUUUGAAGAAAUUGAUAUCAAAUAAUGGAAGUAAAGAUGUUGAAGAAAGCCCAAAACCUGUUAUUAAGAGGACUAGAGAAGAUGUGGAAGAAUUUGAGCAGGAGGCGAGGAAUUCGAAGGAACUUAUGACAACUAAAGAAAAUUUGGAUGAAACCGAGCAGGAGGAAAGAAGUUGCAAGAAAACUGAGGUAUCAAUAGCGAUCAAGGAAGUACGUCCUGAGAUAGCCUUUUCACUAGCUGACAUAAGGAAUACAUAUAAGGAUGUGCUAUUACUACCAAAUUGGAAGGCGUUCCAUACAGUUAUAUUUCUUGAAACGGAUGAUGGUCUGAAUGGCUCAAAUAAAAUUGCUGCAUUUGAUUUUGAUGGAUGUCUUGCAAACACAUCCGUAAAGAGGGUAGGCGCAGAUGCCUGGAAACUUAUGUAUCCCUCCAUACCAGCAAAGCUACAGAGCUUAUACAAGGAUGGGUACAAGCUGGUUAUCUUUACAAACGAGUCCAACAUUGAUCGAUGGAAGAACAAAAGACAGGUGGCAGUGGAUUCAAAAGUUGGACGCCUCAACAACUUCAUCAGAUGUGUGAAUGUUCCUAUUCAGGUUUUUAUAGCCUGUGGGUAUUCCAUUGGUAAAGUCGAAGACCCCUUCCGCAAGCCCAAGCCUGGGAUGUGGCAGAUUAUGGAGAAACAUUUUAACUCUGACAUUACAAUUGAUAUGGAUCAAUCCUUUUAUGUUGGUGAUGCGGCGGGGAGGGAAAAAGAUCAUAGUGAUGCUGACAUAAAGUUUGCACAGGCCAUUGGAUUGAAGUUCUUCCUCCCUGAGGAGUAUUUUGAGACUUAAAAAUUAUGGGGCAGUGGGCUCUGGGGAACUGAGUUGCUACCACAGAAAUUGAAUCAUCCUUCUCUUCUUAGUCUUAAAUUGUAUAGUGAAUUGUGCAUCCGAUAUGCUUUGGAUUAUUGCAUAACUGAGUUCACCACUCUCUCUUCAUACUGAAUGCUAAGUCCUGGUUAAUUCAUUAGUACAAGACAUCUGUAAAGUGAAUGAUCAUUUACAAGGUUUUGAAUUUAAAAAAUCAAUGCAAGUGGGAUAAUCUGGUUUGAUGCUUA